AUGGAAACCCCAGUGGGUUUCGUGUCCGUCAGUAAGGGCGCCGGCGUUGGCACUGGCGUGCGGCCUGUACUGCAGUGCGCUCAACACAAACGACUGCGCACCGUGUGGCGAAAAGCAGCGGCCGCGGCGCCUUGGUUCGUGGUGGCGCCUGUGCGCCGCCUCAGCGAGCGACACGGCACGCGUUGGAGCCACGCCAGCACGCUACACAUGCGCGAAGGCGAACCUGUCGUAGUGCUUUGUCCGGGUCAGGGUGCGCAGACGGUAGGCCAAGGACGCGCCUGGUACGAGGCAUCCAGCGCAGCACGGGAGAUAAUUCAACGCGCAGAUCGCUACCUGGGACGCUCUCGUCUACCGAAUGGUCAAAGUUUGAUGGAUAUAAUGUUCAACGGCCCGAAGCACGUCCUCGAUCGAACGGAUGUCGCGCAACCAGCGAUUUUUGUGACAUCACUGGCCUGCUGGUACGGGCUACAGCAGUUCGAGCUCGCACCUGGCACGCGUCGCGAACCGAGUUACGUGGCAGCGACGGCGGGCCUGAGCCUCGGCGAGUACACUGCGCUGACGCUCGCAGGAGCGUUCGAGUUCGAAGCCGGCCUGGAACUCGUCACGAUCCGCGGUGAUGCUAUGCAGAAAGCAGCAGAGGACUCAGAGGGAACCAUGGUCGCUAUUCUGGGCAUCUCGGAGGAACAAGCUAUGGACCUCUGUGAAGCGUGCCGGAAGCGUAACGAGGUUCUUGUCCCUGCAAACUUUAAUGCCCCAGGCCAGAUCGUACUCAGUGGAUCGAAAGACGCCUGCCGGAGGGCCAUGGAAUAUGCGACGGCCACAUUGCACCUCAAGGCGACGGAACUCAGCGUUGCUGGAGCGUUCCAUUCCCAGCUCAUGCAGCCAGCAGCGGAUCGUUUGGCGGAUGCGCUGCAAACGAUCGACGUGAAUCUGCCGCUUCAGUACCCGGUGAUGUGCAACGUGACGGGACGUCCUCACGAAAAUCAGAAAGAUGCCAUUAAACAGCGCCUGGUGGAGCAGCUAACUGCGCCAGUUCGUUGGCAGGCCUGCAUCCAGACCGCCAUUAUGGACCACGGUGAUCGGACAAAUUUCCUUGAACUCGCGCCCGGGCGUACCCUGGCUGGUCUGCUCAAGCGCAUCGAUCGGAAGCGAGCGAUCAGCAACUAUGAUGCUCCGGUGACGCAGGCGAUGAGCUGA